AUGAGAACUACUUUUGCUUCUGCAGCGUUUAUAGCUACAGCAAACGCUCUAGUAGCUCGCGAUACUCCGACAUGUUGCUUUGGUCUGGCAGCAACUGGAAAUGCCACUGGCGUGUUAGGGCAAAUUGAUGAUGGCCAAGUCCGUAUUGGCAGUGGCUUGCCUCCUGGUCAGUUUUGUAUCGACCCUUCAGGAGCCAUCAAGGAUGGAAAUGGACGCGGAUGUUAUCUUACUCCACCAACCUCACAGCUGCAGUGCGACGUAGGAGCAAACCCUAUGCCAGGAUUCACCAUUGACUCCUCUGGGAAGAUACAUCAUAAUGCAUCUACGAGCUUCGUAGCAUGUCAGUCUGGUCAAAGUGACCAAAUGAACAUCUACACAAGCCCAGCUCCUUCAGAUGUGACUGGAUGUGAACCUAUUGAGCUGCAAACAGACAAAUGUCAGCCUCCUGGGGGACCACCUGCACCGCCUGGUCCGCCUGCACCCGCACCACCAAGUGUUCCUCCUACAGGGCCUGCACCACCAGCUAAGCCUGCAGGACCGCCAGCCCCGCCUCCAAGUGGACCAAGCCCUGCUCCUGCUCCUGCUCCUGCCCCUGCUCCUCCUGGUCAUACUGUAGGUCCCGGUGGUCCUUCACCAAGUGGUCCAGCACCGCCAGCAGUUCCCAGCUCGCCAGCCGGUCCUAGCUCAUGUCCUACUCCAGGACCUCAGGGCCCAGGUCCUGCAGGCAGCGGACAAGCUGGCCCAACCACAUCAGGUGCUCCCAACGCGCCUUCAGGACACAGAACACCCAGCGCACCACAUGGUAGUCCUACUGCACCAGGUCUUCCUCCAUUCGCAAACUCCAGUGCCCCCGCACCCGCAGGCAAUGGCACCGGUCCAACAGCACCUAUUCCUACAGGCGCAAUUUCUCCAACGGGCGGUGUCACGCCUGCCCCCGGAGCUGGGGGAGGAGGAUGCGGUGGCGGGGGUAGCAGUGGAGGAUGUCCUGGAGGAGGCGGAGGAGGAGCUGGUGCUGGUGGUGGCGGCCAAGCAGGCUGUGGCACAACCCUAGUCAACGGCAGCUACGAAUUCCCUCAUCUCAUCAUCCCCAUCGACAGCUCCUCACCCUCCAAAGCACCUGGAACAUCCUACAACGGCACAAUCACAUCCAGCAUAUCAUCCAUCUUCAACUUCGACUUUGGCCAAAACGUGACCAACAAGCAAUGCUCUCUCGUAUUCCUGUUCCCAACACAGGACCAGCUAGAGACUUCCGCGUUUUCAUUCAAAGGUGAUGGAGCAAUCAAGUUCUCGCAACUGGAAGCACCGGCUAGUAACCAGACCUCAUCCAGCAAUGCGCCGGAUGUCAAGGUUGACUACGGGGUGACCAAUGUAUCGCCCGGCCAUUCAUACACUAUCACGAAUUUUGCGUGUCCCGUUGGUGAGACUCUGGCAUUUGAGUUGAAGAAUGCUGGCAGUACGGAUUUGAACUAUUUUGAGGAUUUUAAUCCAGCUCCAAUCGGCCUCUACAUCACGACUUGCUAG